AACCAACAACCAACAACCAACAUUCUCGGCAGUAUUGUUGCGACAAACCUUUCACUUCGCGAUGAUCCUUACCCCAAUGAAACGGAUAUCGUGUAGUGGCCAUGGUUUCUCCAACUUGAAGCAAUCAAAAUCCGGGGCAAAUUAUGGGGUUACCUAGGAGUGAUAAUAGGGCAAAAACGCAAGUAUAAACCGGGCUACAUCUGGUAGUUAGACCAAAUGCCUGGCUACACUGCUGCAUUGGAGCCUAUCAAGCGUCGACCUUUUACUGCAAAUAUAUUGAAUUGUUUCCUGUGUAUGCAUCAAUUACCUGGAGCCUUGACAGAAUGAAAACUCUCAAUCUCGUGGCGCUGUUCCUCAGUGUCUUGGCCCCAACACCUACCUAUGCAACGCCAGUCGGGUCCAGUCUCGAGCAUCUUCCCCGAGCUCGACAUGGCUUCCAACACCCGGGAGCUCUUCACACAGCGGCCGACAUCCGCCGUGUCAAGCAUCAUGUAAAAGAGAAAGACGAGCCAUGGUUUAAAGCCUUCCAGCACCUCCAGAGCAGGAAUCUCGCGCAGACGACAUGGAAAGCUACGCCCCAGACCAUCCUUGUCCGCACGGCGACUCCCACCGCGAACCUGAGCAACAAUUACCAAUACGCAUACCGCGAUGCACACUCGGCGUAUCAGCAGACCUUGCUCUGGCUCAUCACUGACAACGAGACUUAUGCGGACGCGGCGGUCAAGACCUUAGACGCCUGGAGCUCGAAACUCGAGGACAUCGACGGCAACGAGGACAAAUACCUCGCGGCAGGACUCUACGGUUACCAGUUCGCCAAUGCCGCCGAACUCCUGCGCUCCUACCGUGGCUGGCCCGCCACAAGGCAGGAACAGUUUGCGACGAUGUUGACGGACAUCUUCGCCCGCUACAAUCGCGCCUUCCUGGACCAUCACAAUGACAAGCCAGACUUCUAUUACGCAAAUUGGGAUUUCGCGAACAUCGUCUCUCUGAUGGCGAUCGGCAUCUUCACCGACAACGCGACCAUGUACGACUUCGCCGUGGAUUACUUCCUCACCGGUCCCGACGACGGUGCCGUAGCGAACGGGGCGUUGCCAUUCUUCUCCAUCGCUAACUUCACCGAGGACGGCGGGAAGACGUUGAUGCAAGGACAAGAGGCCGGGAGGGACCAGGGCCACGCGCUGUUGUGCAUGGCACUGCUCGGAGUCAUCGGACAGCAAGGACACAACCAGGGCAGAGAUCUGUACGGUGCGUUUGGUCACCAAAUCCUCAAUGCCGCCGAGUAUGCAGGCAAAUACAACACGAAUCACUCCGUGCCGUACACGCCCUAUGAAAGCUGGGAGGGAGUACUCCCUGUCGUAUCCGCGAAGGCGCGAGGCGAUGUUCGCCCCGGGUUCGAGGCCUUGUUUGCGCACUACAGCGAUGUGAAGGGUCUGAACGCGAGUUGGACGAAGGCCUACCGCGAUUACGUUGUGGCGAACCUCACUGCCAAGGUGGAAGGCGGUGGCGGUGAUUAUGGGCCGAAUUCGGGAGGCUUUGAUGCCCUGGGCCAUGGAACAUUGAUGUACAGGAUCACUGGAAGUUGAGUCUAGCAGCAGUAGCAGCAGUAGUAGCGAUGUUUUGCAGGCUGGUGGAAUGCCUUGCGUGUAUCGCGAUGUUCACGUUAAUGGAUCACACACUGUUGGUUAGAUAGCCUGACCAAGAAAUGGCCAUUCACCGUUUGUGUAGCUCGAUGAGAAAUUUAAUGAUCUUACAAAGACAUCACUGCGCUGGUGUCUGGAUAGUCUGGUUGAAUUAGGAACAG